CUUACGUUCGGUUCGCAUUUCUCUUCUCUCUUAUAUAAUAUUCUCUUGUACGGAUCCUUAAGUUUUUUUCCACCUCAAUCAAGUCUUUGCAUUGUUUUUUUAUUAAACAACAAAUUCUCAAACUCAACUCUUUAACUUUUAACUAAAAAUAAUUUUUUUUACAACAACAAAAAAAUUAUACAAUAAUAACAAAUAACAACAACAACGGCGCGUAAUUAAACAAGAGAGUAAAAGUGUUAAAGAAUCCAAAGCAAAAGCAAAAAUUAAAAUAAUAAAAAAAGAAAUCGCAAAAAUUGUGUGACAGUGUUCAGUUCGGAAAGACGUGCGCGUAACGGUAUUGUACGAGUUACAUUGUUUAAAACUUUAUGCAUUUUGCUACAAAAAAUCUCAACUAGCUAAGCAAAAUCUAUAAAUUACUUACUUGCUUUCGUAUACUUUCCGGCGAACGCCUCGACUUGAACAACGCUAACAAACGCUACGAAAGAGACCCGCAAAUUGGGUGGCUAAAGUGCAAAAUAGAACGACGCGCGGCUGACAACUGAAUCACGGAUUAAAAAUCAAUACAACGACGAAGAAAAGUUGUACGAGAAACGCAUAAAAAACACACACAAUAAAAACAACAACAACAAGUGCAACAAAAGUUAUAAACAAAAAGCAAUCAAAUGAGAACAGCACGCAUUCGUACUUAAAGGAAAGCAAUAACAACAGUAGCGACAAAGUUCAGCAAAAGGAGUUGAAAUUUGUAAGCUUCAUGGCAGGCAUGAUAUAUUCACCUCGAUGAUAUAUGUCGUAAAAAAGAAACUUUAAAAAGCAAUCUCUUUAAGCAAUUCAGCGCAAUAUUUAUAAAUUAACAAGAACAACGAGCGGUAUAAAGCAAUAUUUUUAACAGUAAAUAUUGUUAAAAAGCAAAAAAGAAAGCAAAGCGCUUAAAGCUUACAAGAAAAAAAGUUGAUAAAACAACAAAAACAACCCAAAAAUCGCAUGGCAUCAACGGCGUGGCUUGCAGUUACACGGCAAUGUCAGCAAGUAUGUGCAGCAAUAAAGCGCACUUAAAAUCCUAAUAAAUGUGGCAUGCCACAAACUGUGCAGCAACAUCUAAUGUUUAAUCCUUAGUUGACUCAAACUCUAAGAUUUCGUCGAGCAAACUAUAUAUACAUAUAUAAACUAACUAUAUACUUAUAAAUGUAAAAAUGAAACUUCAAACUAUUGUCUAGUGUUUAUUUACAAUUGCCGCAACAACAACAGCAACAACAAUAGCACUAAAAGCUCAACUUUACUAAACAGACAUUUAGCUCGCACGAAAUAUCUCAAACACUUUACUGAAUUUCUCGCAAAAAUAUAAGAAAUAAAAAAAUCAAAAAAAUAACUGUAAAAUUUCACGCCUCAAACCGCGCUCCCAACUCAGUUCGCUAGCAAUUUUUCUUUUAAACAACAAACAAAUCACACCCGCCACACACUAACAUGCCACGCUGCUUAAUGGCGAAGAAAUGGAAAGCUUAUCCAUGGCUCGAGCGCAUCGAGGAUAAUGCAACAACGGCGGCGGACGACAGCGACAAGACACAAGCAACCGUUAUAAGUCACGAAUUGCUGCAUAAACGCGGCGCUGUGACAGUAUCACCCAGUCCGCAACAACAGUACAAUAGAAGAACAUCGAAAUCGCGACGCUCCACCAUCGAUGACGAUGAGGAGAUCGAUGUAGUGGGUGAUAAUGCGCUUGCUUUAGCCACAGCCGGUGUGGAGUUGGAGAAUAACAUUAAAGUUGAUAGCGCCACACAGCGCACACUUGUCACAGCGGCAGCAAGUCAUACAACAGCGGCUGGAGCUAACGGUACUACGCCUACGGCUACGUGUUGGGGUCCUUCAUCGCCGACAGCGGGCGCUACGGCGCCGAGUCCACCGCCACAUUCACCAGAGGCGGCAACGCGCGGUGCAACGGCGUUGUAUAACGGUUUCGGCCAUGAAGCUUCGCCCAUGCACUACACAGCGUACCUGCCCAGAAUGGAGAACGGUGAAGUUACUGUAAUUACAAAUGCUGUUGCAGCAGCAGCGGCGGCGGCGGCAGCUGCUGGCGCCACAGGACAUCACAGCCUACCAGCGCUACAGCAUGCACAUCCAUAUGCGUCAUUUGUGCACACACCGCCGCCUUCGACCGCCUCUUCGCCUUCAGCAUCGCCGACGAGUCAUAGUAGCCAAAGCAACAACAACAACAGCAGCAGUAGUAGUAGUAGUCACAGCAGUGAACGCCUUAGUCCGCCCAUGAUACGCAUCAAAACCGAAGCGCCAAGCGAUGAGCAUAUACAACAACACAACAACAGUCACAGCAAUAACAACAAAGUAACUAGCAGCGAGUCCAGUGUAUUGCGUAAUAAAUCGUUGGCAAUGUGCUUCACCAGCACCGGCGCGGCACUGUCGCUGCCACCAAAAAAGAAAGACAUCUACCGUCCAUAUUCGCUGGACGACAGGCCAAGCGUCGAGCGUUUGCGCACGCCAUACGAGAGUUUACGCAUACCGGCCGAAGAGGAUCUGCAUGCCGCACACGCCAUACUCGACUUGAGUGCUUCCACAGCCUUCCAUCCGCCAAUACAGCCACAUCAACUGCAACAGCCGCAACAACAACAACAAGCGCAACAAACAGCGACGUCACACCAGCAGUUGCAUCAUCACCAGCAACAUCCGCUGCAUCACAUCACACACGCCAUACAGUUGCAACAGCAACAGGAGGCAGCUGCCGCGGCCGCCGCGAGCUUGCAACACACGGGCGCAUCCAUUGCCGAUCUGGCGGCUGCCGCUUGUGUCGCCAACGAACAGCGUCCGCGCAGCACCGCCUCAUUGCACAGCGUGUUGAGCACCAGCGACAGCGAACGCCAACCGAGCUCGCCGGCCAGCAGCGUACAGAACGAGAACAGCAACACCACAAACCAACUGAAUGGGCUGCAGUCGCCAACAUCUGGCGGUAAUGGCUCGAAUAAAACAGUCGCCUACACCUACGAAGCCUUCUUCGUCAGCGAUGGACGCUCGAAGCGCAAGCAUGUGGCCGAUCCGGCCGUGGUGGUGCAACAAGAUCAACAGCGCGCCAAAUACACAUGCACCGAAUGCGGCAAACAGUAUGCCACAUCGAGUAAUCUCUCACGUCACAAGCAGACUCACCGCUCACUCGACUCGCAAUCGGCCAAGAAGUGUCACACCUGCGGCAAGGCGUACGUCUCCAUGCCGGCGCUGGCCAUGCACUUGCUCACGCACAAGCUCUCGCACAGCUGCGAUGUGUGCGGCAAGCUCUUUUCACGUCCGUGGCUGCUGCAGGGCCAUCUACGUUCGCAUACCGGUGAAAAACCCUACGGCUGCGCUCACUGCGGCAAGGCGUUUGCGGACCGUUCCAAUUUGCGCGCCCACAUGCAGACGCAUUCGAUCGAUAAGAAUUUCGAAUGUAAACGCUGUCACAAGUCGUUCGCGCUCAAGUCGUACCUCAACAAGCAUCUGGAGUCGGCAUGCCUCAAGGAUGAGGCGGACAUGCAGUUCGACAGUGACAUCAGCAAUGAUAUGGUCUCACCGUCGCCAUCUGUCGAAGACUAUCCGAUAACGCCGACGGCACAACAGCAACAACACUUGCAGCAACAGCGUCGCUUCAUGUGCGCAUCGCCCACACCGUCGGCGGUGAAGAUUGGCAGCAUCAGCGCGCUGACGAUACCGAUGCCCGCGGCGGCGGCAGCGGCUGUCGGCGCCAUGGUAAAGUUGGAGGCGCCGUUCGUUGGCUAAAAUCAACAUGCAGUUGCUCGUGGAGUGUUUGGCUGAGCCCAGCCGGGAGAGCAGCGCUAAGUGGCCCUUUGGUGCAAUUGUAAGUAAUAGUUAAGUGCAAGCAGGUAGUUAACGAGUGGAAAACUUUUAACAUAGUUGAAGUGCAAAAGUUACGGUUUUGUUGCAAACAUACCAACGCAUACACUACUCGCUUCUGAGUGUGUGUGUGUUUGUGACUUAUUGAGGCAUGCAGAAAGCUUAGUUGCUUAAACCAGUGUAUAUUAACCCUUGUGUGGGACAAAACUUACC